GGUUGCUGUGAAGAUUCACGAAGGGCAUAUACCAACUGUCUAGUGAAAACGUUUAAUUAUACAUCAAUUUCAAUGGAUAAUGUGAAGACUACAAAUGAUACAGAUGAUGAUAAUCACUACAACUUAGAUCGAUUGAUUCAUUUCAUGAAAGAAAAUUCUUCUAAAGAUUGUGCUAUUGAAGGUAUACCAAAUAGUUUGAAACAAGCUAAAGAAAUUGAUUCAUCCAAUAAUUUAUUAAAGUUUUCCAACUGUAAAAUGAUUAUUCUGUCACAAAAGAAGGGAUUAGAUCCAUCGUCAACAGUAGUCUCAAAAUGUGAUGAAGUUUCUUUGGAAUCAGAUUUGAUUGAUUUCCUAGAAUCAACUGGAAAACUGUAUCGUGUUCCCUGCACACAAAGUGAAAAUGAAAUUGAAGAUCAACUUGGUAAUUUAUUCAAAAACAGCGGUGUUGAAAACUGAAUGAUACAGCCCGUUCAAUACUCAACAUGUGUGUUGAUUAUUAAUGUAUUCAGUGUAACAGUGAUGCUCAAAUCCACAUCAAUAACUUGCUAGACAAAUGUUGAGUUAUCUCUCUUCACUGAUAUAUAAACAAAGAAGAAUAACUUAUUAUAUUUUUACUAGAAGACAACUAGUUCAGCCUUUCUUUUGAGUAAAAAACAAAUGAAAUUUCUGUAUUUUCCUUUGGUUUCCACUUUGCAUUUUUAUCUCAGUUCAGUUGUCUUAAUUAUAUUGUUUCUUUUGGUUUGGUUCGGUUUUUUGUUUGUUUCUGCAUUACUUUACUUUUAAAACAAGCGGGAAAAAGUGAAUUUUGGCAAUUCAUUUCUCCAUAUUAUUAUAUAAUACAAUUUCAAUUUAUUUG